GGGGCGGGGGCGGAGGCGGCGAGAAGAUGGCGGCCAAAAGCGGCCGGAACGGGCUCCUGGACAAGUGGAAGAUUGAUGACAAGCCAGUGAAAAUUGACAAAUGGGAUGGUUCAGCUGUGAAAAAUUCCUUGGAUGACUCUGCCAAAAAGGUGCUCCUGGAGAAGUACAAGUACGUGGAGAAUUUCCGUUUGAUCGACGGCCGCCUCAUCAUCUGCACAAUCUCUUGUCUCUUUGCCAUCGUCGCUUUGAUUUGGGAUUACCUGCACCCUUUUCCUGAAUCCAAACCGGUUCUUGCCUUUUGUGUUAUCUCGUAUUUCGUGAUGAUGGGAAUCCUGACCAUCUAUACCUCGUACAAAGAGAAGAGUAUCUUCCUGGUGGCGCACAGGAAGGACCCUGCAGGGAUGGACCCUGACGACGUGUGGCAGCUCUCCUCCAGCCUCAAACGGUUUGAUGACAAGUACACCCUGAAGCUGACGUUCAUCAGCGGCAAAACCAAACAGCAGAGGGAAGCCGAGUUCACCAAGUCCAUCGCCAAGUUCUUCGAUAACAACGGCACGCUGGUCAUGGAGGCCUACGAGCCAGAGGUGUCCAAGCUGCACGACAGCCUGGCCCUGGAGAGGAAAACAAAGUGAUUCCGGAGCCCACCCGCCUCCAGGAACCUGCUGAAUUAACACCAAUAAAGUCACGUGGCAAAGAAAGCGAAUCAUGGCCUCUGUUUUUGUCCUGAAGUCCUACUGCACUUGGAAUAAGCAGCGAUUUUUAAUCCUGGACCAAGAUUUGUUGAAGCUCAUGGCUAAGCUUGGUCUGUGGGCCUGCCUUCCAGGCUCUGAGGGGACCCCAGAAAUGCAUUCUGGGCACCCUCAGGAGGGGAAACAUCACCAAUGCUGCCCAGCAUCCUCUGCUUUGCCUGGCAGUGCUCUGUGUCCAGGGGCUUUUACCAAU